AUGGCUACCAGCGCUGAAGAAAUUAGAAUUGAAGACAUUCCCGUUGAUGAUGUGGAUUUUUCCGAUUUAGAGGAGAAGUACAAGGUUAAAGAUGACUUUAACUUUGAUCAAUACGUCGUUGUUACUGGUGCUCCCGUGAUCCCAGAAUCGAAGGCACCUGUCUUGAAGAAGGCAUUGAAUGGUUUGUUUUCUAAAGCCGGUAAAGUUGUUGAAAUAGAAUUUCCAAUUGAUGAAUCCACAAAGAAGACUAAAGGUUUCCUCUUUGUUGAAUGUGCAUCUCCUGCUGAUGGUAAUAAGAUUAUCAAGGCAUUCCAUGGUAAGAGAUUGGAUCUAAAACACCGUCUUUUCAUCUAUACCAUGAAGGAUGUGGAAAAAUACAAUUCUGAAAACUUUAACACUGAAUUUGAAGAACCAGAAAUUCCUAACAUGGUCCCAUCUGGAGAUUUGAAAUGGUGGUUACAAGAUCAAGAAGGUAGAGAUCAAUUUGUGUUGCAAAGUGAUGAUUUGACUACCGUGUUCUGGAAUUCCGCUGUUUCCAAGACUGAUGCUGUUGUAGAAUCAAGAAAUAACUGGUCAAGCAAUUACGUUAGAUGGUCUCCAAAGGGUACUUACCUUUUCUCAUACCAUGAUCAAGGUGCUGUUGCUUGGGGUGGUCCAAACUUUGACCGUUUAAUGAGAUUUUACCAUCCUCAAGUGAGAAUUUCUUCUGUAUCACCAAACGAGAAAUACUUGGUUACUUUCUCUGCUGACCCAAUUAAGGCUGAUGAAGACAUUAAAGAGUGUCCAUUUACCAAGAAGAGCGAUGGUCAUCAAAUUGCAAUUUGGGAAAUCAGCUCAGGUUUAUUAAUGACCACUUUCCCUGUGGUCAAGAGUCCUUUCUUGCACUGGCCUUUGGUCAAAUGGUCAUUCAAUGACAAGUACUGUGCACGUAUGGUAGGUGAUACUUUGGUUGUCCACGAUUGUGACAAUGGAUUCGCUCCAAUGGAAAACAAAUCUUUGAAGGUCCCAGGUAUUAGAGACUUCCAAUUUGCCCCCACCGGUGUGGAACUUCAACCUUUCAGAGCAAAUGAUGAACCAUCUGUUCUUUUGGCUUACUGGACUCCAGAGACUAACAACAUGUCUUGUAAAGGUACCGUGGUGGAAGUUCCACGUGGUAGAGUUUUGAAGACUGUGAACUUGGUUCAAGUUUCCAACGUUACCAUCCACUGGCAAAAUAAAUCUGAAUUUUUGUGCUUCAACGUUGAACGUCACACCAAGUCUGGUAAGACUCUGUUCAGCAACUUGGAAAUCUGUAAGAUUGCUGAAAAGGAUAUUCCUGGUGAAAAAAUUGAAAUAAAAGACUGUGUUACCCAAUUUGCUUGGGAACCUAAUGGAAACAGAUUUGUUACCAUUGCAGUUAGAGAUACUGGUGAUGAUAACCCUGCAAUUCCAAAACAUGUGGUUGACUUCUGGGCUCCUGAAUCCAAGGAGAAAUCAAAGGUUAAGAAUGGUGAAAUUAAGCGUUGGGUUCUUGUCAAGAGUAUUGCCAACAAGUUUUCCAAUACCAUUUCAUGGUCGCCUGCCGGUAGAUUUGUUGUGGUUGCCACUUUGGUUAAGCCUAACGUGAGAAAGUCCGACUUCGAUUUCUACGAUAUGGAUUACUCUGGUGAAAAGAUCAUCAACGAUGCUAAGGAUGCUUCUGCAGCCUUGAAAGAUGUUGCACACCCAACUUUCCUAUCUGCUACCGAUAUGGUUUGGGAUCCAUCUGGUCGUUUCUUGGCCCUUUGGUCAAGUUCUUUGAAACACAAGAUGGAAAACGGUUUCAAGAUUUUCAACAUUGCAGGUAACUUGAUUCGUGAAGAAGUAAUUGCAAACUUCAAGAAUUUCUCAUGGAGACCAAGACCAGAACAUUUGUUGACCAAUGCUGAGAAGAAGAAGGUCAGAAAGAAUUUGAGAGAAUGGUCAGCCCAAUUCGAAGAACAAGAUGCCAUGGAAGCUGACAGCGCUAUGAGAGAUCUAAUUUUGAGCCAACGUGAAUCAUUGAAGAACUGGCACGAAUACAGACAAGCCACUUCUUCUCUAUUAAAGAAGGAGUUCGGUUACGAAGCAUUUGACGUUUUACCUGAAGCUUUAGAUUCUAAUGACUACACCGUUAUAGAGGAAGUUCGUGAAGAGAUUUUGGAAGAGAAAGAGGAGAAAGUCGAUCAAGUAGAAAAUUGA